AUGCCCUCGCAGGUCCCCGGCGGCAGCGUCGAUCGGGCUGGCCACAAUCGACCCGGGAGCGCAACGCCCUCGCAGGCAAGGAACGGACGAAAUACUCCCGGUCUGGCUAGGAAAGAUGGGAAGGCAAGAGCAGCGCAGGACGCUGCCGGCCUGAAGAAUUAUCAAUUGGGGGAUUGCCUGGGGAAAGGAGCAUUUGGCUCGGUUUAUAGAGCUCUGAAUUGGGGCACUGGGGAAACGGUCGCAGUGAAACAAGUAAAGCUCGCAGACUUGCCAAAAAGCGAAUUAAGAGUGAUCAUGCUUGAAAUCGACUUGUUGAAAAAUCUAAAUCAUCCGAACAUUGUCAAGUACCAUGGGUUCGAAAAGACCGCCGAGUCUUUGUUCAUCGUUCUCGAAUAUUGUGAAAAUGGCUCACUCCAUUCCAUCUGCAAAAACUUCGGAAAAUUCCCUGAAAACCUCGUGGCUCUUUAUAUGUCUCAGGUCCUUCACGGCCUGCUCUAUCUACACGAGCAAGGUGUGAUCCAUAGAGACAUUAAGGGCGCUAAUAUCCUUACCACGAAGGAGGGUCUUGUGAAGUUGGCCGAUUUUGGUGUCGCCACUCGAACGACCGGUUUGCACGAAUCGAGCGUUGUGGGCACUCCCUAUUGGAUGGCUCCUGAGGUUAUUGAACUCUCUGGAGCGACGACAGCAUCUGAUAUUUGGAGCCUUGGCUGCACAGUGAUUGAGCUACUAGACGGCAAACCUCCGUACCAUAAGCUUCAGCCUAUGCCUGCACUAUUUCGCAUUGUAAAUGACGACCAUCCGCCACUUCCUGAAGGCGCUUCUCCUGCUGUCCGUGACUUUCUAAUGCAAUGCUUCCAAAAAGACCCGAAUCUCAGAGUGUCUGCCCGGAAACUUCUCAAACAUCCUUGGAUUGUCAGCGCCCGCAGAACGGAUGCUACUGUGCCCUCCGCGCCCACAAAGUACGAUGAGACCGUCAAAAGUGUGCAGGAAUGGAAUGAAGCGCUCAAGUCUCCCAACGCCGGUUCCCUGCGCCGUCAUUCGCGGCCGCCUUCGUCGAGUCCAAUCCCUGAGCGAAGAGGCCUACCUCGAUUACGAACGUCUGCCGCAAAAGCGCCUCUCGGCAUGGCCAAGCCUCGCGCUACCGUAGAGGACUUUCGUUCUUCCCAAAGGUCAACCCAUGACAACUGGGAUGAUGAUUUUGCAUCUGCGAUUUCUCCAAGUGCUCUCCAACUACCUCACCUGCGACCCCAUGAUAAUUUUGGAGGCAUGCUCUCGUCUGACAAGCUGAAAGCAUUUGCCUCCGCUGAAACAGCUGCAGAGGAAGAAAACUGGGACGACAAUUUCGAGGGUGAGCUUACAAUGAAAAGUCCACUGCAGAUUGCUGAACCCGAUCCAAUGCAAACCAUCCGCCCAUAUGUUCCCAAAGGCACAAGUCCAGAAGGGAUUCAGCAUCCUCUGCACUCAAGGUCGCGACGUUCUUCUUCAUUUGACCUAGAACCACAGCUUCCGGAGCCUCGCCUACAGCGUCUUCAAAUGAAAGCCCCACCCCCUGUUAGACCAGCCGCUCUUUUCCGAGAAAACUCGGUGGAAGACUACUCUGAUCUUGUCGCGAGCAACGACUCGCUUUUCGAGAAGAAGCUCAUAAACUUGAAAAAGGGAGAUUCGUUAUCGCCCAAACUCUUCCAUCCUUCUGAUCUCAAAAGCUUGCCCCGGUCUAACACCAGUCAACAGUCGAGUAACAAUAUUCGACGUCAUGGCCCAACAUUAUCUGAUCCUCGAGGGAUGAUGAGGAGGACACGAUCGUCCAUUGAAAUACAAAGAUAUGCCGAAGAUGAGGAAGACGAGGAUUUCUCCGAUAUUUUUGAAAAGCCCGAAGUAAUACGAGAAAAGCCAGAAAGUGACAGUGGUUCGGAGCACAAUACUUUAAUGCUGAACUCGAAAUUGUCCAACAAUUCAUGGCUUGGGGACGAAGACGAUGAGGAUGAUCCUUUUGCUCAACUCGAAGAAGAUUUUGACGAAUUAGAUCUGGAAGCCAAUAUCGCGCGUGACAAAUAUGCAAGGCUCUGCAUGCAAGUUGAAGGACUGGUCGGCUCGCUCAAGGUCUCCCAAGAGGAGGACACACUUGAAGAUCUGACAGAGAAACUGAUCGAUAUCCUUGCGGAAUCACCAGAAACGAAAAAUGUCAUAAUAAGCGCGCACGGAAUGUUGCCCAUCCUCGAAAUUCUCGAGACUUGCAAGAGACGGGAUGUGAUCCUGCGAUUGCUCAAGAUUGUUAAUACGACUAUUCUCAGCAGCGUCGAAAUACAAGAAAAUCUUUGCUUUGUCGGAGGCAUUCCAAUCAUUUCAAAAUUUGCAUCCAAAAAAUACUCGAGUGAGAUCCGACUAGAGGCGGCAGCAUUUGUGCGGCAAAUGUACCAGACUUCAACUUUGACGCUGCAAAUGUUCAUCAGCUGUGGCGGUCUUAACGUUUUGGUCGAAUUUCUAGAAGAGGAUUAUGAUGCUGAACGGGACCUCGUUUUGAUUGGGGUAAAUGGUGUCUGGAGCGUUUUCGAACUUCAGGGACCGACGCCCAAGAAUGAUUUCUGUCGCAUCUUCUCCAGGAGCUCAGUUUUGUAUCCGUUAUCAAUGAUCUUGAAUCGGGUCUUGGAUGAAGAAGGCGAACUUGCAGAGCUCUGUGAAGGCCGUAUUGCAAACAUUUUUCUCCUAUUCUCACAAGCAGAGAACCACGUAAAAGAGCUCGUAGCAGACCGGAAAGUUUUGAAACUUGUUCUAAAAGACCUCAAACGCAUGACACCUAGCCAUCAAAUCACUAUGCUCAAGUUCAUCAAAAAUCUAUCGAUGCUCUCUACCACUUUGGAUACCCUGCAGAAUUCCAACGCCAUUGAUGACCUUAUCGAUUUACUGAGUUCCAAUAUGAGGGCGCCGCACGUUCGAGAGAUCUCGAAUCAAGUGUUGAAUACCAUGUACAACUUGUGCCGACUCAACAAGACACGACAAGAAGAUGCGGCGUUGAAUGGCAUUAUCCCGCUCCUGUUGCGGAUCGUCAAGACUGAGCGUCCGCUGAAGGAGUUUGCUUUGCCCAUUCUUUGUGACAUGGCACAUUCUGGAAAGGUUGGUCGGAAGCACCUUUGGCAGAACAAAGGUCUUCAAUUCUACAUUUCGCUUCUGGAAGACCCAUAUUGGCAGGUCACUGCUUUGGACGCCAUAUUUGUUUGGUUGCAGGAAGAAACUGCGAAAGUAGAAGAGCGUCUUCUGGACGGUGCUUUCACAGAAGCGAUUGUUCAAUGCUUCACCACUUCAAAAGCGAAUGCUUUCGAGAAUCUCCUGGAGCCUUUGCAGAAGUUACUGCGGCUAAGUCCAACAGUAGCUCUUUCACUGGCUCGCGCGGAUCUCUUCUCGCGAAUCUUGCAGAAGCUUACACACCACAAGGCCGUGGUUCGUCUGAAUCUACUCCGUAUUGUUCGCAGCAUUUGUGAUGCUAGCGACGAAAGAGGUGGCCUUAUUCGACGCUAUGGUCUUUUGGGAACGAUCAGAAAUCUGGCGGAAACAGAUCCUGCCGUGCUUGUCAGAAACAUGGCCAGUGAACUGGUGAAGUCUGGUCUGGAAAGGGAGCUGCAAGCGGCAAGUAGCAGUAGAAGGCCUAUUACAAGACGGUCAAGUGCCGUAACUACACCGCCUGGUCCGAUCAGGAGCCAAUCAACGCCACUGACUCCACAAUAUGUUCGUUCAGGGCAAUGGCCUGUCUAUGCGGACGGGAGAGAAGGUCGGCAGCGAAGCGGCACAAACAUGACGCCGGUACUAAGACCUAUGAGCCGCGAAGGGGGCGUAACGGCUAGCGGCAUGGGUAGUCCUGGUCUUGGCAAAAGUCGGCUGCCGCGCACAUCAGGCAGAAUUCACCGGCCUUCUCUCACCUCAUCGCCUUCUAAGGAUGAGCAUGCAGCCCUUGUUCCAGGUCCACUUUUGUCCUCCAUCCAGAAUUCAAGGCGACGCCGUCAAACAAGUGACGAGUCGAGAUGGCCAUAG